AUGCCAGCACGCCCGCUCCUGCUCGGCCUCGCUUCAGCCUCCAGGGUGGCAGCCUUGAGCUUCGGUUCCCAUCCGGCUGCUCGUCGAUGCCUACAUCAGUCUCUUCGCAGAGUUGGGCCCAGUGUUGCAAGCACUGCAGCUGGCGCCGGGGGUCAGGGAUUUAAACAGCCACCACCAGACUUCACCGUGGCAGGUCAGAGGGAAGAUUCGCACGGCAGUAAACAUGCAGCAUUCUUGGGUGAAGCUGACAGCAACGACGGCCACGAUGCCCUGAGAGACAGUCACGGCGCCCCAGCCCCACCAUUAGACGCCACAAAUGCCGCGUUUCUGGGCGAGGCCGAUUCUGACGAUGCAUUCGAGGUGAAAAGAGAAACAGAAGGAGACAAACAUGAGCCUUUGGAUCCCAAACACGCUGCUUUCUUGGGAGAGGCAGAUUCUGACGAUGCUUUCGAGGCAAGGAAAGCGGCAGAGGGAGAUAAACAUGAACCACUGGAUGCUCGCAAUGCAGCAUUCCUGGGAGAAGCCGACAGCGACGAUGGGUUCGAGGCAGAUGUGGAGGUGCAUCCGGAAAAGCACAGCCAUAAGUUGGAAGACACGUCUCCGAGCGGACUCCAUGGACAGGUGGGUGAGCUGGAUCAGUGA